CAGCCUGGGGUAGCGCGCUCUCACCUUCCACGCGUGAGUCACAAGUUCUCGGUUCACCCCAAGAGCCGCGGCGGCGCCCAAGACCAACCAGAAUGGCUACAACCAAAACUCCUAGAACUGGUCCCAGCGGUUGCCGCUCAGACCUGGAUUCCAGGUACCACAGACUUUGUGACCUGGCGGAAGGCUGGGGCAUCGCCCUGGAAACACUGGCCGCAGUCGGAGCUGUGGCUACAGUGGCUUGCAUGUUUGCACUCAUUUUCCUCAUCUGCAAAGUGCAGGACUCCAACAAAAGAAAGAUGCUCCCCACCCAGUUCCUCUUCCUCCUGGGAGUCCUAGGGGUCUUUGGCCUCACCUUCGCCUUCAUCAUCAAGCUGGAUGGGGCCACAGGACCCACGCGCUUCUUCCUCUUUGGCGUCCUCUUUGCCAUCUGCUUCUCUUGCCUCCUGGCCCACGCUUUCAACUUGAACAAGCUGGUCCGAGGGAGGAGGCCCCUGUCGUGGCUUGUGAUCCUCAGCCUGGCGGUAGGCUUCAGCCUGGUCCAGGAUGUCAUCGCCAUUGAAUACCUGGUCCUCGCCAUGAACAGGACCAACACCAAUGUCUUUUCUGAGCUGCCUGCCCCUCGGCGCAAUGAGGACUUUGUCAUGCUUCUCAUUUACGUGCUCCUUUUGAUGGUGCUGGCCUUCCUCGCAUCCUUCUUUGUUUUCUGUGGCUCCUUCUCCGGCUGGAAGAGACACGGGUUCCACAUAUGCUUCACUUCAUUCCUCUCCAUCGCCAUCUGGGUGGCCUGGAUCAUCCUGCUCCUGAUUCCCGACAUUGACCCGAAAUGGGAUGACACCAUUCUCAGCACAGCGUUGGUGGCCAAUGGCUGGGUUUUCCUGGCGUUUUAUAUCUUGCCCGAGUUUCGACAGCUCCCGAGGCAACGGAGCCCUAUGGAUUACCCAGUUGAAGAUGCUUUCUGUAAACCUCAGCUCAUGAAGCAGAGCUAUGGCGUGGAGAACAGAGCCUAUUCCCAAGAGGAAAUCACCCAAGGUCCUGAGAUGGGAGACACACUCUAUGCACCUUAUUCCACCCAUUUCCAGCUGCAGAAUCGCCAAAAGGAUUUCUCUAUCCCGAGAGCCCAGGCCCCGGCCAGUCCCUACAAUGACUACGAAGGGCGCAGAGGGGACAGCUAACUGUUGGGAAGAGUGGGACAACCAGAGUCAGGCAGCAGGUCCAGGCAGGAGUCCUGCCGAUGUGAACUGAACCCAGGGCAUCCUAGGGAAACUGUACAGAGAGGCUUGAAACCUGCCUAGCACACCGCUGUCUCGCCUGGGGCGGCUAAGCCUCACAGACUGUCUCCGCAGCGCUCCCGAGUUUCAUUUGCCCCAUUCCUAGGACACUUCCGGGAGGUGGGAGUCUCGGCAACUCCGGGCCGAGACUCUUACCUUUCCCAGGGGUAUGAGCGAACAGCCGCUCAGCUGACUACUCACUGUUCGGUCAUCCUCGGAAGCCAAUUCACCUAACCCAGGGUGGGUUCCAGGAGGAUUGGCUCGGCACCAAGCAGAACUGAAGAUCUGGAUAAACCCAGAAAGGUCUGGGUCUCCCCCUUGUCCAUCGAAGUCCACACUGGAAGCUAAGUGCCCUCCCAGGCUUUCAUGUCUGGGGAGGAGCGGCUAGAGGUCACGUUGUCUGCCUUAGUGCACUGCGCUACAGUGGCCUCGCAGUGCAGACACCAAUCCCCAAAGGCGACCUUCUCAUCUCAAUCACCUCCAAACUCGCCGCCAACCCCAGACCUCUGUGUCCUUUGCCAGGGCUCUUUGGGAAGUUACUCUGAAGUAGACAAGGUCUCCCUGCCAGGAGGAUUCAGGUCUUGUACUUACCAUAAAUUCCUGGCUCCUCAUCCUCAGUAAUUCAUUCACCUUUACCUCCACAGUGUCUAUUCUUGGGGCCCGUUGCAUUUGUUAUGUAGUAAGUUAUUUACUGGUUAUGUAAUAAAGAUGUGGUCACAACUAUUUUUUAAAU